UAAACAACUUCCAACAUGCAGGGAGGCUUCAAAAACACCAAAAUCUACCUGUGAAUAACCUAAAACCGAGACCACCACCACGAGAAUAAUAACCAUCAGUAUACAAUAAAGAGACCAGUAAUAAAACAUAUAGAGACGUCGGCAUCCCUCGAGGCACCAGACUACAACUCGGGAAAAUAAAGAUAAGCCGCUGUUGUUACUUUGCCGUUUCGUGUUCUCCUUUGCUCUCCGCGAAUAAAACGAACCCACAAUGGGACAACUAGACUUAGACAACCCGGUGUUCGUGAGUUAUGUCUUCUACUCGGCUAUACUGGCCCUCAAGAUGCUGCUCAUGGGACCGAUCACCGGCUAUUUCCGGAUCACCAAGAAGAAUAUUAUUAUUAUUAUUGUUAUCAUUGUUAUUUCUUUAAUUAUUGUUUUAAUUUUGGGGAAAGGGGGUUUGAGGGUAAAGUAAGGGGGUCCAAAAGGACAUGUUUUUCCAUUUAUUAUUAUUUUUUUUAAAUAUGUUUCUUGACGGUAUUUUCUGUCAAGCAAAUGUGCCAUUGUAUCCUCACCAUGUACUGCCGUCUUUUGUAAUCUUUUUACAAUCUCGUUCAUUUCAUUUCUCUGGGAUUUUCCUAGUUUCAUCGGUAAAAAAAGAAACAAUAAGUAAAAAAGGAAUGUGGACUCGUUAGAAAAACCAAUUAGUACAUUCCAUUACUGUACGUUCAAUAAAGUUGCCAAAAUAACCAUAAA